AUGGCUGGAUCUGGAAGUUCUGAAGUGAGAACUCCGAUCUUCUCCGGUGAGAAUUACGAAUUUUGGAGAAUCAGAAUGACGAUGAUCUUCAAGGCUCAUGGGUUAUGGAAAUUGGUUGAAAAGGGGAUUUCGACCUCAGAUCCAAAGAAGAAGAAGGCUGAAGGAAGCUCAGAAGAGGAAGUUGAUGAGAAAACAGCAGCUGCCUAUAUGCAAGAUGCUAUGGCUCUGGGCAUUAUUCAAACUGUGGUUUCAUAUCAGAUUUUCCCACGAAUAGCUAAUGCCGAAACAACAAAAAUGGCUUGGAAUUUGUUGUAUGGAGAGUAUCAUGGUGGUGAUCAGGUGAGGUCGGUAAAACUACAAAAUCUGAGGCGUGAAUUUGAGUAUGCUAGGAUGAGAGGUGUUGAAGCCUUAUCUGGUUAUUUGACAAGGCUGAAUGACUUGAUAAACCAAAUGAAAACAUUUGGUGAGCUUCUGUCUAAUGAAAGACUUGUCCAGAAAGUGUUGAUUAGUCUUAGUAAACCAUACGAUCCUAUAUGUUUGGUUAUUGAAAAUACCAAAAGUUUGGAGACGAUGGAAUUGCAGGAAGUUGUGGCUAUUUUGAAAAGCCAAGAGCAAAGGUUUGAUCUGUAUAAUGUGGAUACCAUUGAAAGAGCUUUUGCUUCACUCUCUGUGAGCUCAAAAGGGCAACAAAAUAGGGGUAACUCUCAGUCCAGUGGCCCUAAGUCUCAAAAGAAUUGGAAUUCUACGGGGAAACCAUGGGACUCAAAAGGAAAGUCUCAGCAGAACAAUCCUGCUCCAAAUCACAGAUUCAGUUCAUCACAGCCGGCAAAUCAAGAAGCUGUGAAGCCUCAGUGCAGAGUGUGCUCUAAGUGCCAUUUUGGAGAAUGCAGAUAUAAAGGUAAGCCAAAAUGUUACAAUUGUGACAGAUUUGGUCACUUGGCUAGAGAGUGUACUGUGGGGAAGACUACUCAAAAGGCUAACUGUGCAAAUCAAGUGGAGGUUUCUGGUAAUUGUUCUAUGCUAACAGUGCAAUUACGGAUGUCAAAAUGA